AUGGCACGCGAUGCGCAAAUACAUCUGACGGCGCUUUGUACCGUCGGUUCAUUCCUUUGGAUCUCUUCCAACUUUGAGGGUCAUUCUCUGAUCGAGUAUCCACGCCUCUCCUCCGUUCUCAUACUACUGCUAUCGGGAGGCCUGACAUGGUUGGCAAGCUAUCUCGCCGCAUGGCUUCCCGGCGCUGAUGGAAGAUUCGAUGAGCGCGCAGGCUACAAGAGCACCUUCGAGCAGACUGUCCCCGCCAGACCGCGGCGGUACUUUGCCCCGUUGCUCAUCUUUUGCAUCUUCCUUCGCCUCGAGGUCUUUCAUCGAGUGACCUCUCAGCUGCAGUGCUCUGCGCCGGGAGUGCAGUCAUUCUUAUGUAUUUACUUGGUCCUCUACCAUAUUCUCUACUACCAGAAGGCCCGGCCCCCAUCGCCUGAAGAAGACCCUUGGGCAACUAUUGGAGAUGAUAUUGCAAUCUGGGCCAAUGGCUCACGAACUCUGGCGCUGGGAAGCACCUGCCUUUUCAGCUACGGCACCUUCGUCGCCAUCUCGCAAGAUCCCAGGUCGACUUUCAUUUGCUCCGCUCUCUCGGACAGUCGAAUGUCCACUCUUGCCUUCCAACUACUCGGACUCUUCUUGGACGCUGUCAUCAUCUCCCUGUUCUGGCGCAUCCUGGCGUGGACCAAGACGACGAAGCUCCGUCUGAGGACCCUGGGCGUCAUUUUAAUUCUCUCGGGGGUCUUUAUCAAAGUCUUCCAGAUCCUCAUCUCACCUCUCGUUUCAGCCAGUGAGGGAUACCCGACUUCCUUCAGGGGCUUUGACUCUCUGUACAUCUUCGACGUCUUCAUCGACAGCUUUGCAUUUGCAGUCCUCGUCACCUCACUGAGUAUCCUUGUUUACGAGACAAAUCCCGUAACUCCGACCAGUAUCAUCACCUUUAUCUGUGGCCUCACAGCCACCACCCAAAACAUAUUGCACAUCGGAAAAUGGCAAAUGGAAUCCAGACUAACCGCCAUCGGGCCGCUAUACCUCUUGGUCUUCGGCUACAGUAUGUUCCUGUAUAGCACCAACGUCCGCUCGCUCCUCUUCAUCCCUAGAGCACUGUUCCUCGUGUUAAUGGUCUCAAUGUUCGUCGGCAUGACUAUAUACGGCCUUCUGAAGUCGGCAACAGUGAAGCAGCAUCCCCUCAACAGACUCAUUUACGAUGUCAGGGUGGAAUCCGACCGUUGGAUGCGACAUGCCAUGACCAGCGACAACCUGAAAGUUGCCGUAGACGUAUACCACGAACGACACUACGGGAGAGACCCGCCUCCCAAUUUUGACAAGUGGUACGAUUUCGCAAAGGCUCGUAAGUCUCUUAUUAUCGACCACUUUGAGCAGAUGGAAAGCGACAUACUUCCUUUCUGGGGCAUCAAGCCGGAGGCGAUCCGGCAAGCCUACAAUGACAGAGUACACAAGGAGCCUCAUAUCGCCAUGGUCACGAUUGAGAACAAAAAGGUAACGCACAAUUACGAGGGCGAGGACGCGAACAAGAAGGUCCUCGAUGAGCUCCUGACCAUGAUAGAGGGCUUCGUCGAGCAUCUUUCCGACAUGAAGCUACCCAUCAACUUGAGCAACCAGCCUCGGGUUCUGACACCGUGGUCAGAACUCCACAGAUACACUCUCACCGGUAUGAAGCAGAAGUUCAAGCUCCUAUCGUCGCGGUCGAUGGAGAGUGCUUCAGAUGAAGGUGCUAGUGAGACUUUUCCUCGUGAAGGUGCCGUUGAGAGACAGAACUCCGAGACAAAACCAGCUGAAAGCAAACCGAACGCGGAACCGAAAGCCGCGGCAGGCUUCCCAGCGAUUCCUCAGACAAAACAGGCGAUUUAUGAGUCCACCAAAGAAUGGCGGGAUAUGGAAGCCUCCGUGUGUCCGACCGACAGCCCAGGAAGAGCAGGGCUCCAUUGGAACGUCCGCGACUUCUGCACCUCCUGCGUGAGGUGGCAUGAGGAUGAGCAAUUCAUGUGGAACUAUCCGCAGUCCAAGAGUCUUUGCGACCAGCAGGAUUUGACCCGACUUCACAGCUUUCACACGUCGGCGCCCCCUAUCGCGCCUUUGCAGGAGCUGCUGCCAAUAUUUGGCAGAUUCAAGGCCGAUGGUUUCAAUGACAUUCUCCUGCCCCUGUUACCCCUGGUGGAAGAGGAGCAGGAAGUCAAAAAGGACUUUCGGCAGCGCAAGGACAGGUUAUAUUGGCGAGGCAAAAUCGGAGAUAAACCCAUUAGCGACGAGGCGUUGCGUGGAAAUCACAAGCACCGGCUAGUCCACCUCAUCAACAACGCAACAGCCGCAGAGGACGUCACGAUGAUGCUUGGCGCGCCGUCCAAGGGCAGCUGGUACGCGUACGAAAUUGUUAGCGCCCGGGAGGCCAACAGCGUCCUCCCGUUCGACAUUGGCAUAUCGGAGUACGCGUGCGACGGCGGCCCGGGCUGCGCGGCGGUCAAGGCGGAGCUGGGACAGAAGGCCGCCGACUCUGACCCCCUGAACCACCGCUACGUCAUGCUGCUAGACGAGGAUACGGCCCCACCGCCGCAGAUGCUCCGGACCAUCCGAUCGCCGGGCAGCGUGCCGUUCAUGUCCUCCGUCUUUGGGGAGUGGUACUCGGAACGGCUGAUCCCAUGGCUUCACUUCGUGCCUGUGGACACGCGGUUCCAUGCCCUCCACAGCACGGUGGCUUACUUUGUCGGCCUCAAGGGCCGCGGCAAGCUCAAUGGCCGGGAGGUGGACUUUGAGGCGCGGUGGGAGGAUGCCGAGUGGAUCGCGACGCAGGGGGCGAGGUGGGUGGACAAGGCCCUCCGGAGAGAGGACAUGGAGAUUUACCUGUUUCGGUUGCUCCUGGAAUGGGGACGGGUUGUGAGGGACGAUCGGGACAGCAUCGGAUUCAAGCUGGAUAAGUCAUGA